AAACUCAUUGAAAAAUUAAGAUAAACCUCCCUUACCCAUUCAAACAAGAUCACCAAACUCAUUGACAAAUUAAGUUCUCUCUUCUGCACCAAGCUAUUUAGUACAGACCAAGCAGAGCUUCUACAGUCUUAACACUCUAAGCCUUUACUUACCCUUCAGGGAGGAAUUAAGAAUGAGCUGGGCAGGAGGAGAUUGGAUGUGUGGUGCAUGCCAGCACUUGAAUUUUAAGAAGCGCGACGCAUGCCAACGUUGCGGGUACCCCAAGUAUGGUGGCCCUGAUCCAUCAACUUAUAUAUGCAACAGGACGGAGGUGUUGGCAGGGGACUGGUACUGCAACUGUGGAGCUCACAACUAUGCCAGCAGACCCAAUUGCUUUAGAUGUAGUGCAAUGAAAAAUGACUAUGGCGGUGCCUAUAGCAUGAUGCCUUCUGCUGCCUAUGGAUCUGAUGGCAGUUCCCCACCUGGAUGGAAAUCUGGUGACUGGAUGUGCAAUAGAGUUGGAUGUGGAGUGCACAAUUACGCGAGUCGGACAGAAUGCUUCAAAUGCAAAACACCAAGAGAUUAUGGUCUGUAACACAUGCUCUAUUUUGAUCAAGUGGUGCUGUUUAAGAAAAUGGAGUGUAGAAGACUCUCUUAUGCACCAUCUUCCUCAAAUCUCUUUUCGCACUGAUCCCUCGUCAAAUGCUGUCUAUUUUUUUCCUCUACUUUUCUUUUUAGAGAUAAAUAAGCUUAGGUUGAUCAUGGUUGAAGGCACAUUUUCACAAGCAUAGCCAUUCCACUGACAACUGUAUUAGCGAGGGUUUUCUAGUUUCAUGUUGCAAGGAAGGUGCUCUUCCAUGAAGCCCAGAAAUCCCUUCUUCUCUCUCUCUAGUUUUAAAUUAAUGGAGUAACUAAGUUUGUCUGUA